AUGGGUUUUGAGGCUAAAGUUAACGAAAAAUCAAACGAAUCAGAAUGUGUGAAAAUUCAAGUGAUAGGAAUGACCUGUCAAUCAUGUGUCAAAAACAUAGAAACCAAGAUGGCGACUCAAAAGGGCGUCAUAGAUAUUAAAGUUUCUUUAUCUGAAAAUGAGGCUACUGUCAUGUAUCAUCCAAUAAAAACAUCUCCACAAAAGCUUUGUGAACAAAUUGAGGAUAUGGGUUUUGACGCCUCCGUUGCUAAGACUAAAAAAAUCAGUAUUGGUGAUGAAUUUGAAGAAAUUGCCAUCCGAGGAUCUAAAGAGGAUAGUUGCAUGGUGAAUAUUAUAGGUAUGACAUGUAUGAGCUGUGUACGAAAUAUCGAGGCGAACAUCUCAAAGAAAUCAGGCAUAAAAACAAUUAAAGUUUCUCUUGAAAAAGAGGAAGGUUUAGUGACUUUCAACCCAGACAUAACAAAUCCAGCAGACAUAGCAGAAAUGAUAGAGGACAUGGGGUUUGAGGCUAGUGUAGCCUCUAACAAAAACUCUGUGAAAAAUGUUACGUCUGCUUCAUCAAACCAAAGCAAAUCUGUGAUAUUGAAUAUUAAAGGUAUGACUUGUAACUCUUUAGAAAUACAGGAUGAUGAGGAUUAUGAGAAAGCUUAUUUUAAAGUCACAGGAAUGACUUGUGCUUCAUGUGUCAAUGCAAUAGAAAAAAAUAUUGGUAAAAUAGAUGGUGUUGUAAGUGUUCUAGUAGCAUUAUUAGCUCAGAAAGCAGAAGUUAAAUAUGAUGCCUCCUAUAUUUUACCCUCACAAAUAGCUAAUGCUAUCAAUGAUUUAGGUUUUAAUGCCAACAUUAUUGAUGGGGAGGUAGCUGGUCAAGGAACAGUAGAAUUAAGUAUUCAGGGAAUGACAUGCUCAUCUUGUGUUCAUUUAAUAGAAUCUACUCUACUUAAAAAACCUGGUAUUCAGAAAGCGUCUGUUGCCUUGGCAACGUGUCGUGGAAAAUUCAUGUAUGAUGUAGAAGUUACAGGUCCUAGAGACAUCAUAGCUGCAUUAAAGGGUCUUGGUUUUGAAGCAUCAUUAAGAACAAGUGAAGAUGAAGGUUCAUCAAGAUAUGAUCUUAGAGAUGAGAUAAAAAAAUGGAGGACAUCAUUUUUAUGGGCACUGAUAUUUGGUAUACCAUCAAUGAUAGUCAUGGUUUACUUUAUGGUGGCACCUGUCAUGGUAACACCAGGCCUUUCUCUAGAAAAUUUACUGAUGUUUAUACUAGCUACACCAGUUCAGUUUAUUGGUGGAAGAUAUUUCUAUAUACAGGCAUAUAAAGCAGUGAAACAUGGUGCUACUAAUAUGGAUGUGUUGGUAGUUUUAGCUACCUCUAUAUCUUAUAUAUAUUCAGUUAUAGUCUGUGUGGUUGCCAUGGCAUUAAAAGAAAUAACCAGUCCGAUGACAUUUUUUGAAACCACUCCUAUGUUGAUGGUGUUUAUUUCACUUGGUAGAUGGCUGGAACAUAUUGCCAAGGGUAAAACUAGUGAAGCAUUAGCUAAGUUAAUGUCAUUACAACCUGCUGUAGCUCUAUUAGUAGAUGUUGAUAAAGAAUAUAAUAUUAUAAAUGAAACCAGUAUUAAAGUUGAUCUUGUACAGCGUUCAGAUAUUCUCAAGGUUGUACCAGGAGAUAAGAUACCAGUAGAUGGUAAAGUUGUUUAUGGACAUUCUACUUGUGAUGAAUCUCUAAUUACUGGUGAAAGUAUGCCAGUAGUUAAACAAGUUGGUUUUUCUGUGAUAGGUGGUUCUAUUAAUCAAAAUGGUAUGAUAUUGAUAGAAGCUACUCAUGUUGGAGCGGAAACAACUUUAGCUCAAAUUGUUAAACUUGUUGAAGAAGCUCAAACUUCAAAGGCACCAUUACAGAAUUUAGCUGAUAAAAUAGCAGGAUAUUUUGUACCAGGUGUAGUAACUGUAUCAUUAUUAACAUUGACUAUAUGGACUAUAAUUGGUUAUGUUGAUGUUAAAUUAGUUAAACCAGAUUUUAAUCCAAAUGGUCACAUAACAAAUCAUGAAGUGAUAUUUCAGCGAGCGUUUCAGUUCGCUAUAACUGUAUUAAGUAUAGCAUGUCCAUGUGCAUUAGGUUUAGCUACACCAACAGCUGUCAUGGUAGGAACUGGAGUAGGGGCCACUAAUGGUAUAUUAAUUAAAGGCGGGGAACCCCUGGAAACUACUCAUAAGUUGAAGUAUGUGGUAUUUGACAAGACAGGGACAGUAACUCAUGGUGAACCUAGGGUAUCUCGGGUGGCUAUGUUUGUACAGAGUAAAGUGUGUUCCUUCAUAGAAAUAAUGGCUAUAGCUGGCUCUGCUGAAAAUAGCAGUGAACAUCCCAUAGCUACUGCUAUUGUUAAAUAUGCUAAACAAACAUUAAAGCUAGAAUCAUUAGCUAAAGUAUCAGAUUUUCAAGCUGUACCUGGUUGUGGUCUGAAAUGUAAAGUCUCUCAGAUUGAAUCUAUAUUAGAAAAUGUUGAUAAAGAGGCUGUGAAAAAUCGUAAAAAUCAGUUUGGUAGUUUACGUAUUAAAAUCGAUAAUCCUAUAUUUGGUAAUGAUGGAGCAAUGGCAUCUAAAACCUAUGAUGUACUGAUUGGAAACAGAGAAUGGAUGAAUAGAAAUGGUCUAGAUGUUACACCAGAGAUGGAUCAAGCUAUGAAUGAACACGAAGAACAAGGUCAUACAGCUGUCUUGUGUGCUAUAGAUAAUCGAGUGGCAGCCAUGUUGGCUGUAGCAGACACAGUUAAAGCUGAAGCCCAUCUGGCAGUCCAUUGUUUAAAAGAAAUUGGUUUAGAGGUUAUUUUGUUAACAGGAGAUAACAAGAAAACUGCUAAAGCCAUAGCACAACAGGUAGUUGGUAUAAAGAGAGUGUUUGCUGAAGUCUUACCCUCACAUAAAGUAAAACAGAUAAGAAUCUUACAGACUAGUGGUUUAAAGGUUGCUAUGGUAGGAGAUGGUGUGAAUGAUUCUCCUGCUCUAGCUCAAGCUGAUGUUGGUAUAGCUAUUGGUACUGGUACUGAUGUAGCUGUUGAAGCAGCUGAUAUUGUUCUCAUUAAGAAUGAUCUAUUAGAUGUGUAUACAGCUAUCAAACUAUCUAGAGCUACAGUACGAAGAAUCAGAAUGAAUUUUUUAGCUGCAUCUAUUUAUAAUUUAGUUGGUAUACCAAUAGCUGCAGGUGUUUUUACUCCAUGGGGUUUUCAACUUGUACCUUGGAUGGCAUCAGCAGCAAUGGCUGCAUCAUCAGUAUCUGUUGUUUGUUCAUCAUUAUAUCUUAAAACAUUCAAGAAACCAGAUCGAAGGAAGAUGAUGACACCUCAAUAUCAUACUAAAUAUUAUGAAGAUCAGAACUCAGACAAUAUCUCUAUACAUCGUGGUAUUGAUGACAAUCCUGGAUUUGGACGUAACAGUAAACAGGGUAGUAUGCUCUCCAGGUUGAGUGGACGUUUAAAACCAGGUACACCAGAUCAAAGGAGUUUAUUAGAAGCAGGACAAGUUGGUAUUGAAAUGGAUGAUGUAGUAGAUUCUAUUUAA